CAUAUAAAAAUGUUAACUAAAUAGAUAGUCUGGCUGAGGGUGUGAUGAACAUUUCAGCCGAAAGCACAGGAAGAGUCAGAGCAGCAGUGCUGCCACGGUCCCGGGAAGGUGGCAGCGAGGACAACGAAGGCACUGCAGUGUUGCCAGGAUGUGCUUCCUUGUACAGACCCCGUUUUUCAGCAUCCUCUGACCUCGGGACUGCUCCCCUCCAGGGUGGUCCUCGGUUCCCUCUGCCCUGCCGGCUGACCCAGCUUGCGUGUGCUCGGCAAAGCGUUGCAGGAACGUCCUGAAUCCCUGCCAGCAUCGGCGAGGCGAGCAAAGCCAGCUAAUGCACUGCCAUGGGUUCGUCAUAGGACCUCUGGCCCGCUGUGGGCUCACGGGAUGUCCUGGCUGCAUCCCAAAGGAGAGAGUGGUGGGGCUGGCUGGGGGGGGGCGGGGGGAGCCGGGCCUCGCUGGGCCGCUCCCCCAGCCGUCACAGCCCGGCUCCCGGGUGCAUCACCAGCUCAGCAGCCAAUGGCAAGGCCCCAGGGGAGCAGGGCUCUCGCUGUGCAUAAAAAGGUGUCCUGCAACACAGAGAGAAGCAGUGCAGAAAGCUUGCCACGAGUCUUGCACACCCGGCCCCCCGACUCCCUCCAAGCCUCUUCUCACCUGCAGUCCAGGAUGCAGCCAGAGCACCUCAGUGACAGGCCACGACGGACAACUCAUCUUUGGAGAGCUGAGAGGCAAGCUGUGCGUUGUCAUGAAGGGCCGCUGCCACAUGUAUGAAGGAUACCCCCUUUGGCAGGUCACCUUUCCGAUUCGGGUGUUCAGGCUCAUGGGCGUUGAGACACUGCUGGUCACCAACGCCGCGGGCGCCUUGACCGACUCAUACAGCCCCGGAGACCUCAUGGUAAUCUGUGACCACAUCAGCUUGCCAGGCCUGGCCGGGCAAAGCCCGUUGGUGGGCCCCAACGAUGAACGGUUUGGGCCCCGCUUCCCAGCCCUUUCUGAUGCGUACGACAGGAGGAUCCGCACUUUAGCCAAGGAGACGGCCAAGCAUUUGGGAUACACGUCCAUCGUCAGAGAGGGAGUGUAUGCGAUGGUCGGAGGGCCCAGCUUCGAAUCUGUCGCGGAAGCCCGCCUGCUGCACGCACUGGGCGCGGAUGCUGUGGGAAUGAGCACAGCAGCAGAGGUAGUUGUGGCCAGGCACUGCGGACUCCGCGUCUUCGGCCUCUCUCUCGUCACCAACAUGGUGAGCAAGGACUACGACCCUGAAGAGAGCGUGGACCAUCACAGUGUGCUGGACGUGUGCCAGAGAGGAGCCUUCACCCUCCGGACGUUCCUCACGGAGCUGGUGGGCAGGCUGGACUGUAGCAACAGCAGUGACCCGAAAGACACCGAGACCUCUUACCAAAACGGAGCCUAAAACCCGCUGUGGCUGCUGGCAUUGGAUCCACUGGGCAGAGACCAUGACGUGAGCGGCAAAGGGGAGAUGCACUCACUGGAAUCCAAACGGAGUUUGUGUGCAGGGUCCAAACUCCUCACUUCACCUGUUCCGACACCAGCUACCAGGUGUGGAAAGAUUUCUGACUUCUUUGCUUUGUUAUGAUUUACCCUUUCCUUCUAUAGUUGUGCAAACCUGUGGAUCCUGAGAGCCACACAUAAGUUUACUGCUCUCCUUAAAAUACGCACAAUAAAGGCAUGUUUUAAAGCAA